AAUUUAUUUUAGUAAAUCAUUUUGGUUGUGUUAGGCCCGGGUUUGGGUUGAAUUGACAUGGGCCGGGUUUGGGUUGAAUUAAUAUGGGCCGGGUCCAUCCAGAUAGGAAUAAUUGGUUUGAUUUUGGGCUAAAUCCAAAACCUAAUAUUUAGUCGAUUCAUUUUAUAGUAAAUAUUUUUUUCACUAAAACUUCUGGUAAUUCAUACAGAAGCAGAAAGCAGCCUCCAAUGGCGACGAUCGCCUACUCAAACCGCCGCUUAAAUUUCGCCUUACGUUUCCUUUCACCUCUCUGCAGAAACAACCUCAACUUCUGCACCUCAUCUCCCGCCGCCGCCGACGACAUCGUUUCAGUAGAGGAAACCGCCGAUGGACCCCAAGUCCCAUCCCCCGCCGCCGCCGCACUUUCCCCGGAAGAAACACUUGCCGCCGAAAAAUUCUAUUCCCUAAUUAAAGACCACCACCGCAAUAACCCCAACCUCCUCUUAAACCCUAAAACCCCCCUAAACCCCGACGCCGCUUUUCCCUCUCUCAAUUUUGACUUCACAAACAUCUCAACCACCCAUUCCCCAUCCCCCGCCGUCGUCCGCCACGUGAUCGAGAAAUGCGCCGCCCCACGCCACGGCAUCCCCUUCCCCCAAACCCUCGCCUUCUUCAAUUGGGCCACGUCAAAGCUUGAGUCUUCUCCUCCAUCUCUAGACCUCUUCAACGAAAUGAUCGAUCUCUCCGGCAAGGUACACCAAUUCGACAUUGCCUGGCAUUUAAUCAAUUCGAUGAAAGCCCGAAAUGUUCAAAUCCAGCUCGAAACUUUCUCGAUCCUCAUCCGCCGCUACAUCCGAGCCGGAAUGUCUGCAGAAGCAGUGCACACUUUUAACCGUAUGCACGACUACGGAUGCGAACCCGAUCGGAAAUCUUUCUCCAUAGUCAUCGGUAUGCUGUGCAGAAAGAGACGCGCAACCGAAGCACAAGCCUUCUUCGAUAGCUUGAAGGAAAAAUUCGAUCUUGAUGUUGUUGUGUACACGAGCUUAAUACAUGGGUGGUGUCGUGCGAAUAAUAUCACUGAAGCAGAGAGAGUGUUCGGAGAAAUGAAGGCUGCCGAGAUUAAACCUAGUGUCUAUACUUACACUAUUGUAAUCGAUGCAUUGUGUAGAUGCGGCCAAGUUACGCGCGCACACGACGUGUUCGCUGAAAUGCUCGAUAUAGGGUGUGCCCCAAAUUCGGUCACUUUCAACAAUCUGAUGCGUGUUCAUGUUAAGGCUGGGAGGACCGAAAAGGUGCUGCAGGUGUACAAUCAAAUGAAGAGGCUGUCUUGCGAGCCGGAUGUUAUUACGUACAACUUUCUGAUUGAAGCUCAUUGUAAGGACAAGAAUCGAGACGAGGCAAUUAAGGUUCUUACAUCGAUGAUCAAGAAACGGUGUGAACCUAAUACAUCGAGUUUCAAUCCGAUAUUUAAGUGCAUAGCUCAAGACCAAGAUGUAAAUGCUGCCCACCGGUUAUUCGAUAAGAUGAAGGAGGCUAAGUGUACACCUAACACGGUGACGUACAACGUGCUGAUGCAGAUGUUUUCUCUGUCGAAGUCGAUCGAUAUGGUGAUCAAGCUUUGGAAAGAGAUGGGUGAGAACGAGGUCGAGCCUAAUGUGAACACGUACAAGAUUCUUAUUACAAUGUACUGUCUGAUGGGGCAUUGGAACAACGCGUACAAGUACUUUAAGGAGAUGGUUGAGGAGAAGUGUUUGAAACCUAGUCCGAAGAUGUACGAAAUGGUUAUGCAGCAGCUGAGAAAAGCAGGGCAGCUUAAGAAGAACGAGGAAUUGAUGGAGAAGAUGGUCGAUCGGGGGUUUGUAACUCGGCCUCUGUAGCAAACGACACCCUGCAUCUCGAAUUCUCCGAUUGGCUUAGCGCCGUUUUUGUUAUUUCAUUUUUCUAAACAUCGUAUUCUUGAAGCAUGAUUAGCUUGUCUGUAAUCUCGUUUCGUUAAAAUGUUUGAAGGUAUUUAAUGUUGAAGCU